AUGGACAAAGAGUGGACUAAAUUACCGUGGUUUAGUCAAGAGUACAUCAACGGUGUUACUCGAUUUUUAGACUUUGCCUUCACUAAAGGAAGUCCUCAAGGAGGUGAACUUCUAUGCCCUUGUGCUAAGUGUAAAAAUAUAUAUUGGAAAACCAGGGAUAUUAUUAGGGAUCACCUAAUAGCCAAAGGUUUUCUAGACGGUUAUGACGUUUGGGUGCACCAUGGGGAGAAACUACAAAGGUCUAUGGAAAUUGGUGAUGGGAUGGAAGAUCAAGAUGGAUCACAUGAUGACAUUCCUGGCUUAUUGCAUGACAUAUAUGGAGAUAGGGCAGAAGCACACGGAGUUGGUGAAGGUCCCAAUGACGAGGCUAGAACGUUUUACAGUUUGAUUAAAGAGGCGGAACAAGAACUGUACCCUGGAUGCAAAGACUUCUCUUCGUUAUCAUUCACGAUUCGACUCUACUUGUUGAAAUGUCUCCACGGCUGGAGCAAUACGUCAUUCACUGCCCUAUUAGAAUUAUUGAAAGAAGCAAUGCCUGAUUUGAACAUUCCGGAAUCAUUUUACAAGACAAAAGCCAUGAUAAGUGGUUUAGGCCUUGAUUAUAAGAAGAUAGAUGCGUGCCCAAAUGAUUGCAUGCUAUUUUGGAAGGAGCAUGAAAAGGACAAUUCUUGCACUAUUUGUGAAGCUUCACGGUGGAAACAAAAUGCUGCAACUGAAGGAUGCGAGUCUGAGCAACCCAAAAAUGACUGUAGAGUUCCUGCAAAAGUUUUGAGGCACUUUCCGUUGAUUCCUAGACUACAAAGGUUGUUCAUGUGUUCAAAGACAGCUGAGUCAAUGAGAUGGCAUGAAGAAGAGCGCUCAAAGGAUGGAAAAUUGAGGCAUCCUGCUGACGGUAAAGCGUGGAAGGACUUUGAUGAGCUCCAUCCAGAUUUUUCUAGUGAGUCCCGCAAUGUAAGACUUGGCUUAACGAGUGAUGGGUUUAAUCCAUUUAGGACCAUGAGCUUAUCUCAUAGUACAUGGCCUGUCUUGAUGAUGGUAUACAACACACCACCUUGGCUGUCCAUGAAACCUGAAUAUACAAUGUUGUCAUUGUUUAUUCCUGGACCAAAAUCUCCAGGCAACGAUAUCGAUGUUUACCUCCAACCACUGAUAGAGGAGCUAAAGGAGUUAUGGGAAUCCGGCAUAGAGACAUAUGAUUCUUCAAUGAAUCAAACUUUUCAAAUGCGUGCAGCUCUUCUGUGGACAAUUAGUGACUACCUUGCUUAUGCUAUGUUGUCGGGAUGGAGCACCAAAGGAAAAUUGGCGUGUGCUUGUUGUAAAUCUAACACCAAUUCGUUAUACCUCAAACACAGUCAUAAGAUGUGUUAUAUGGACCACCGUACCUUUUUACCAAGAACUCAUUCUUGGAGAGACGAUGUCAAAUCAUUUAACGGAGAAGAAGAACAUAGAACUGCACCAUCCAUGUUAAACGGGGCUGAAAUUCUUGAACUCUUAAAAGAUUUCAAUAAUGAAUUUGGGAAGAAAAAGAAGAAAAACAUAUUUGAUAGUAUUGUUGGAACUCUUUUGGACAUCAUGGGGAAGACAAAAGAUCAUAUUAAAGCCCGUUAUGAUUUGCAAGAAAUGGGAAUUAGAGAAAAACUUCAUCCAAGGGAGAUUGGUGGAGGACGUUCAGAGUUUGCAAAAGCGUGUUUUUCAAUGACUCCGCACGAGAAGUCAAUUUUUUGUGGAGUUAUAAAGGCUGCCAAGUUACCAGAUGGGACUGCAUCAAAUAUUUCAAAAUGUGUACAAGUUGGUGACAGAAAAAUAUCUGGUUACAAGAGUCAUGAUACGCAUUUCAUGUUACACUAUUUGUUGCAAAUCGCAGUAAGAAGCACAAUGCCCAAGGAGGUGGCAACCCCACUAAUUCGUCUUGGUUCCUUUUUCCGCUCUCUAUGUCAGAAAGUUAUACAAGUGGAAGAUUUAGAUUACCUAGAAAAUGAGAUUGCAGAGAUACUUUGUCAGUUGGAGAUGAUAUUUCCUCCAAGUUUCUUUGACAUAAUGGUUCACUUGCCUAUUCACCUUGUAAAUGAAGUUAGAUUGGGUGGUCCUGUUCAAUUUCGAUGGAUGUAUCCCACCGAAAGAUACUUGUGUAAACUUAAGAACUAUGUCCGCAAUAGAGCUUAUCCUGAAGGUUCUAUUGCCAAGGGGUAUCUGGCUGAAGAAGCUAUAACAUUUUGCUCAAGGUAUUUGCAUAGCAAUGUAGAUACAAGGUUUAAUAGGAAGAGUCGGAAUUAUGAUGUUACCGAUUCACUUGAAACAGAUCCAGAUGAUUACUUUACAACUGCCGGUCGUCCUUUAGGGGGGGCAGGCAAACCCUUUCAUCUUGAUGUGAAAUCAAAGGAUGAUGCCCAUCGAUACAUCUUAUUCAAUUGCAAUGAAGUUCAAAUUUAA